AUGCCAAGAGACGGGGCAUUGAGGUUCGGGUCAGACUCAGUGACAUUACUGAAUACAAACAGCUCGAUGAAAAUUACAAGCAUAUCUGUGCCACCCAUCGCAGGUGUCAUCCAAGGCACCAUGGUCCUCGACGACGCCAUGCUACAAGACAUGACGCUGGCGCAGCUAACCCUAGUGCUCGCGCCGAAGAUCAGCGGCAGCACCAACCUUGAUCGCAUCCUUGGAAAUGUGCCUCUCAACUUUCGCAUCUUCAUGUCUUCGCUCGCCAGCGCCACCGGCAACUUGGGGCAGGCCAACUAUACUGCGGCCAACGCCUUCAUAGUAGGCCUCGCGUCCGCCCGACGCCACCGCGGUCUCGCAGCAUCCGUCAUUGAUAUCGGCGCUAUACUCGGUGUGGGAAUCGUCACGCGAGAUCUCGGAGACGACGUCGCUUGGUCCCUCGCUAAUAACGGCCAGCGCCCCGUCUCUGAGCGCACAGUGCAUGCGAUGCUCGCUGAGGCGGUGCGAGCGAGUGAUCCUACAUCCGGCGUGGCACCAUGGCAUAUUGCAAGCGUGCUGGAAAAGAGGGGUCCAGAAGGUGAAAGACCGCAUUGGUACGCGUUGCCGCAGUUUGCGCGGUUCACAACGAGGGCGGCUGCGGUAGGCCAGAUUAGUUGGCUAGUGAAGACGGCGGCCACCUCGAUCCAGGAGCGUCUACUCGUCGCAUCUACUUGUGACAAUAUUAUUGUAGAGACGCUACUCAUCCAGAUGCGAAAGAUGCUGCACCUCGGAGACGACUAUGUGAUUGAGCCAAGCCUUCUCACCAUUGAACCGGGAUUGGAUUCGCUCGUUGAUGUUCGCAUCAGAAAAUGGAUUCUCCAAAACUUCCACCUCAGUGUGCCUGCGCUGCGUAUCAUGAAGGGCAUGUCGAUGCAACGGCUGUUUGAUGACGUCCGGGAGGGCAUUCCGCAAGAGCUAACACCUGCUUUGGAGUCUCAUUAA